AUGUUGCAGAGCGUCGGCUUUGCAAGCUGCUCAGACUACAGCAACAGCUUGCGCCUGCAGAUCCCAGAACUUGCACCUUGGCCGCAGCGAUUCGAAAGGUUUUCGAAGCUCGGGCUUGUCAAGAUUUGUCUCAAGUCUCAGGUUUCGCCCAGGGAGUAUGUCUACCUGAUCGACGAACCCAUUGGCACGGCCCCUACGGCCCUGGCGGCCCUAGCGUCAGCGCGGAUGAUAUUCGGACAUCAGCGUGUAGGUUACUGCUAUGGGGUGGACUGCAUGGACACCCGAACCCUGCGACCGAACAAUUGCACCAGCGCCGACUGCAACACUGGGGAUGUCCUGCAGGGCUGGAAGACCCCCGAAAGCCUGCAGGGAUGGUUCAGCGUGGGCCAGGUGGAGGUGGUCAACACGAAGGAGGAUCGUGACGCUAUCGUCCGGAAGAUGUUCGAGCUCCCGGCUUUGAAGGCUCGUCGCAUUCGGGAGACUCCUCCCAAACUCUGUAGCACGGACUGGUACCUUCAGGACAAUGACACGUUCUAUUUUGUGCGGCGGCACAACACUGUCGUUUUCAAGUGCAAUGAUGGCUUCGCGAACUUGAAGGGCGUCGAGGAGCUACAUUGCGAUGAUGGCCAGUGGAAGGUGGCCAAGCACUCGGAGGACAACCCCAUGGAAGAGAAGCUCUCGCCCCCGGACAUGGCUGUCUGGGAACCCGGCCAGUUUCCCGAGUGUUCCUGGGCCUUGGCCGACACCUGCAAAAGCGACGAUCCCCUCAACGUUGUAUCGAAGAGAAGCCCUCCUGUCAUGAACGACUUCUCUGGGGACGGCUUGGUGCACUACCGGUGCGGCCUGAUAAGUGGCAAUCCGGCGCGUCUCGUGAUCAAGGGUGCGACGGCGAUCAAAAAAGGAGAAGAGGUCAUCUACAACGGCAGGGAAGUUGGCCAAGUCGUUGGCCAUGAGGGCCCGAAGUAUCAGAUAAAGCUGGUGGACAGUGGCAAGCAGCUGACCGUGCAGCCAGAUCUCCUAGAGUGGCUGCCCCAAGCCACCAGCUUCGUCCGGCGGUGCGGCCCCGAUAAGAAGUACGUCCCCGCCGACGUGGAGAUCCGUUGCUUGCUGGUACUGCCUUCUGACGCUCCUGAUUCUGUGGCGGGCGACUUUAGCUCGGCUGGCUUCGCAACCGAGCAGCAGGCGGCGAAGAUGGCGUCGAAGGCCAAGGGGCAAGCGAAGCCACCUGCUGCUUCACUCCUGGAGCAAAGCAGUUCCUCGCUUCUGGAGGCCUCGGCAGCUGGUGCAAGCCACACCGGGGAGGCUUCGCUGCAACGCAGCUCCUCGCUUCUGGAGGCCUCAGCAGCUGGCGCAAGCCACUCUUGGGAGGCCCAGGAGGCGGUUGAUGCAUCUCUGCAGCUGCAGCUGCAGCCAUGGCCGGUGAUGCUGUCUGAGGACGCAGAAUACGUCCUCCAUGUGGACAGCUGCUGGAUCAGUGCCAUCAACUGUAGCGACGGCACCGUUGCGAAGGACACUGUCCGUGCUUUGCAGAGAACACCUGUGGCGCUGGAUGAGAUGCCUCCACCUGUUGAGGAUGCGAUCCAGCUCAGCUGGGGCCUUGCAGGCUGCGUCGCGCUGGCGUUGGUUCUUCUUCUCAUGCUGCUGGGCUGGUCGAGCCAAAGACCCCGGGAAACUGGCAAGCGCGGGACGGCCAAGUGA